AUGGCUAUGACCAUGCGUAUUUUGCCCAGCAGGGCACAGCUUCAGAUGUGGAAGGGCAAGCUGACAGGAGCAAGCAAAGGCCAUGACUUGCUAAAGAGAAAACUAGACGGCUUAAAAAAGACCUUUAAUGAAGUUCUACAUGAUAUUUUGAAAACAAAGAAAGGGUUAGGAGAUGAUAUGAAUGAAGCUGUUUUCGCUCUCGCAGAGGCUCAAUGGGGUGCAGGAGAUUUUGGAAGAAUCUUAGUGGAAACUGUUAAGCGCGCAUCUAAUCAAGUCAGAUUAGGCCUAACUCCUAAAGGUGGUGUUUAUCUCCCAGUCUUCCAUUCUAAACAAGAACUUGGUGACGAAGCUACCAAGCAACUCGGUAUCAGUGGAGGUGGAGCAGCCAUUCAGAAGUGCAAGGAAAAGUUCAAUAAGCUUCUCAAACUAUUAAUCACCAUUGCAGGACUACAAUCAUCUUUCUUUACUUUGGACGAAAUUAUGCUGAUUUAUAUAAAUUUUAUAUUAUUUAGACUAUUUUUCUGGUUAUAUCAAUCACACUAUUUUAUAUAUUAAAAUCACCAGUAGAAGAGUCAAUGCAUUAGAAAAUGUCGUCAUCCCUAGGAUUCAAGGCGCCAUUGCUUAUAUCAAAAGAGAACUCGACGAGCAGGAAAGAGAAGAUUUCUUUAGGCUUAAGAAAGUCCAAGACACUAAGUCCCCCCCCCCCCUCCGUGAGCGAACAAAAAAAUUUUGUUCGCUCACGGAGGGGGGUUAAAUUUUUUUUUUUAAAAAAAAAUUUAUAUAUAAAUUUUAUAAAAAAUAUUUUUUUUCGAAAUUUAAAAAAAUCCUAAUUUGCAAAAAUUGGGAAGCAAAUAUUAAUUUAAUUUGCAAAAUUUAUGUUUUAAAACGCAAUUUGUUUAAAAUUAAACAGAAUUAGCUCUAGAUUUCAUUAUACUAAUUAUCACUUAUAUAUCAAAAUUUUUUUUCCAUUAAAAUUUUUUCUAUUAAAAAAAUUUUUGUUCACUCACGGAGGGUGGGUUUUUGGUCAAAAAAUGGCGAUUUUUCUAAUGGUUUUGUUCGCUCACGGAGGGGGGGGGGGGGGGGGGGUAAGAAAAAAGCAUAUAGAAAGGGAAAGAGCGCAAAAAGAAAACGAAGACAGAGCUGCAGCCGCUGAAGAGGAAAGCCACAACAUUCUUAACAUGGAAGAGAAAGAUGCAGAUAUCAUAUUCUAA